AGUGUACAACAUCGGAAGAACGUACUUCUAAGCCAAGGUAGAGCAUCUAUAUUGCGAUAUGAGAUGGCUAAUUUUUGAGUUUCGUUUACGUCCUGUUUUUGUACAUUUUAACGCUUUAAUAGGCAAAUGUUGUAUAAAAUCAUCGAUCUUACGAACCGACACUCGCGGUGGUGUUUGAUGAAACUCAAUAGAAAAUGUAUAAGCGCGCGACAUCAUUAUUCGUCGUCGAACAGAACUAAUCGCACACAUUUAACCAAAGGUUUCAGUGCUUUUUUUAAAACCACACUUGACAGAAGAAGAUCAACGUUUUAAUCGUAUUUUGGCAUAAUGGUUGAGGACUCUAAAACUUGUGUCCUGCAAUGGGCUGGUCAUGCAGGAUAUGUUACAGAGAAAUUUAGUGAACUGUUCGCACGUCAAGCAUUUGUUGAUGUUACACUCGUCUGUGAAGAACAAAAACUUCGUGUUCACAAAAUGGUUUUAGCAUCGAAUAGUACAUAUUUUGAGGAAAUUCUACAGCAUGAUUUGGGUCGAGAACCAAUUAUAUUUCUGAAAGAUCUAAGCUUUGAAAUCUUGAAGGCCAUGGUCGAAUUUAUGUACUGUGGAGAAACUGUAAUUCCUCGUCAGUUAUUAUCAUCUCUAUUAGCUGCCACGAAAACAUAUAAGGUUAAGGAAUUGACAACUAUAGUUAAUGCCAUGAUGACUUCCAAUAUAAUAAAUAUCGAUGGCAAUACAAAUACCGACAAAAGGAUUACAGAAUCAAAGGUUAGAAAGAAUAAAUAUAAUAAAGAUUACAUUCAUGUAAAAUGUGAUGAACUUGACAAAGAUGAGUGCUUUUUACUUUGUAAUGAAAACAGUAGUAAUGUGGAAUUGAGUGAAAAUAAAUUUUUUGAAAGUAAUAUUAUCAUUGAUACUCCAGAACAAGAAAUGGAGCAUAUGUUAUACGAAGACUCGCAAGAUCUAGAUACUAAUGUAGGACAAAAGGACACACCAUUUUCAGUACCAAGUUCUGUAAAAUCGAUAGAAAAUCAUAACUUAACUCCAUCGAAAAAUUAUGAAAUAAAAGAAGCGUCGAACAGGUGCUCCGAAAGUAGUAUAAGUCGUGGUGUAAUGUGUACAAAUGAUGCAUUAAAACCUAUUUUAUAUGAACAAUGCUGUGAUCUUUCGGAUAUCGACGAAUGUGAAGAAGGUUCAAUGUCUCUAUCGCAAACUUGCAUUCAGCAAAUUGAAAAAGAUUUUGCACAAUAUAACUUCGAAGGUAUUGAUGUUCCUAAUAAAGUAGGAAAAUGCAUUAAAGUUUACACUCAUAAGAGACGUAAAUCAAUAGAUGAAAUAAAAACUAAACUUACAGAUGUAAAUAAUGUAAUACAAAGUCCACCAUCUACCGACUGUAUAGAUUUAUUAGAUGAACCGUCCGCUAAUGAUAUACCAGUUACACUUUUAACCUCGUUAGAUAUGGAAAGUGCUGAAUAUAUUAUAAGUUUAAGUACUGAAAAUAUUCAAUCUAUAGUGGGCGUUAAAUUAAAUGAACAACACACAUUAAAUGAAUCGAAGGAACUCGACCACAUUAUUGAAUUCGAUAACCAGAAAGAUAAUAUAAAUAAAAAAGAAUUAAAUCUAGAAAAUUCUGAACAUUCAGAUUGUAUAAAACCAAUAUUACGAAGAAGUUCGCGAUUAAAUCAUCAGGAGAUAGAGGAAACUAUAAAUAACAAUGAAACUGUUAGAGAAUAUCAUGGAAGAGAAAAACAAUUAAAAAAAUCGAAUGGUUCGAAUAAAGUGGUGUUAUGUGCCAAACGUAAACGUAAAAUAAAAGACACUGACCAUAAAGUUCCAGAGCAAAGUAUUAAUAAUAUAACACAAGCCAAUAAAAAAACAUUUAAUAAUUCUCGUAAAAAUACCGCAAAACUAAUUGUAAAAAGAAAUAAUAAACCUACCUGUACAAUAUCUAGCAAAGAAAAAGAUGAACAAACUACAAAAAUAAUGAAUACAAUAAAAUGUGACAUAUUGGAAACAACAGAGAUCGACUCUAUUUUUACAUUGCCUAAAUUAAAUACAUUGGAGCAUAUAAAUCGAUCAUUAUGGGGAGAUAUGUCAGAUUUUCCAGAAGAUUUUGAAAAUAGGAUGGAUUUAUUGGAAUACACGUCAAAUACUGAAAUUCCAUUUGCAGUCGGCUUGUUGCCUCUACGUACUGCUCUGGAAAAAAUGCAAGCAACACCAGAUUAUCAACCUCGCAAAACACGUUCAUCGGUAGCCCCGAUAAAGCAGGAUGGUUGGGGUCUUAAAAGGAAGAGUUGCACUUAUCCAGAGAAAGUUACUGUUUCUAAAAAGCAGAAUGGUGUUAUUAGUGAUGCAAAAGAAAAUGCAAACACUGUUUGCCAUAUUCAAAUUAGAACGGCGCCAUCGCAAGAUGUACGAAAUCGUAAAAAAUAUUUUACGCCAGAUGUUGGUACACUAGAAGCAUCGACUAUUAUUAAUAAACAAUGACAAAUAUUAGAUUUUGUACAAAGAUAGUUAGAUUAAUGACCAAAGCGUUUGGCGUUAAAGAGAUACAAAUGAACGUGUAAUGAAUUUUGUGUAUUAUAUAGAAGUGCAUAUUUUGAAUACAAAAGUAUUUGUAUAUGAAAGGUAGCCGUAAAUGAACUUAUACAGUUCCUUGACUUCCAAAAGAAAUCAAGAUAUAUUUUUUUAUUUCUUGGGCCAUAAUUUCCAUUCGCAUUAAAUACAUCCAUACGUGUAUUAAAUACUAUUUUAAAUAGAAAUAAAUUUCUUAAUUGGAAAGAGAAUACUUAUGUAAGAUAGUAUAAAAUGAUAAUACUCUUAUGUUUGUUACAAUUGUAUAUCUAAAAUUUAAAAUUAUUUCAAUAAUAUCUAGUAUUUUAAUAUUUUAUAAAGUUAUAAAAUCGUUAAGUAAAUUAAUCAUAAAUUAAAAAUAACAAUUUUUGUAAUGUAAAUAUUUUUUUAUGCACAGGUGUUAUUUGAAUAUUUGAUGUACGUAUGGAUAAAAAUCAACAUGCAUGUAGAUACGCAUGUUGUGUGUGUAUAUGUAUAUAUGUACAUGUACACAGUGAUUUAUUUCGUUUGCAGAACAGGUCCUUUUUUUAUUUACAAAUAAUGUGUAUAAUUACUUGAGAUUUUUAAAUUUCUGUUAUCGUUUUUAGUAAAAAUGUAAUUCAUUUUUUAAACUAUACAUGAGAAAUUGUAAAUGUGUCAUUUAUAACGAUGUAGAUACCUCAAUAUUUCGCGGGUUGUUACUGGAUAACAUUAAGAAUUAUAUAUUUUAUAUGAUUUAUUUAUCAUUUGUAUUAAUAUUGUAUUCUUUACUAUCUUUCUUUUAAGAGAUAACUUUAUGGCAGCAAUGAAAUUGUAACCCAGUGUAAUAGUUUGUAUUCUAACAGCAGCGACUGUGGAACUAUUAAAUUUACAGGGAUUUUUAUAGAUAAUCAAAUCUAAGCAAAUGAAAUUUGUUCUAUAUAUUCAAUUGUAAUAUUUUUAAGAAUAUACAGUUGCUGAUCAAUGUAAUAUCAGUGGAUUGUUUAUUAUGAUAAUAUUCAAAUAUUUUCUACAUAAAUUUAUGUAUACAUAUAUAUUGAUAAAUAUACAUAUGUUAUAUUAUUUUCUUCCGUAAUAAAUGUGUUUAGUAUAC